AUUAGCAAAAUUGUUUAAAUAAUAAUUGCACGUGGGAAUUAACUUCGGGGUAAUUAACAAUUACAUUAAAUAUCAUUCCUAUUCCAUUUACGUGCAUCAAAAAAUAACACGGUACGAAGUUCAAUUAAUUUUAUAUUUUGCAAUAAAAAAUAAAUAAGACAACCUCAUGGAGAUUGAUAUGGAGACUGAUACAAGUCAGCCGGUUGAAAAGUUGGAAAAACAAACUUUAAAUGUCAAGGAAAAUGUAACCUCACUUCCAAGCAGAAUUAUAAAUCUUGAUGAUGUGAUAACAAAAAAGAUGAUUGAAGAUGCUGAAAAAGUUUCUAAUGAUUGGUUAAUGAAUUUUGUAAGGGGUGGGAAAGACUUAAAAGUACCGCUGCAUAGAGAACUUAUGAUUGAGAUGCAUUCACUAUUUUAUAAACGGCCACAACUCAAAAAAAUAUGCAAAAAUAUGGAUAGUGAACUUGUUGUUUCAUGCUUUACUAAGUAUAACUUUCAGGCGUCGCAUGCAUAUGUACCACCUAAGUAUAAUCAUUUGAAAGAUUUCGGUGAUUUAAAAUAUAUAAUUCAAUCCUUUGGAUAUAAUUUAACGUGCCUUGAUGUAACACAAUUUACUUUUUCUCAAAUAAUGCCAUUGAUUAAUACCAACUGUCCAAGUCUUAAGCAACUUGAUGUAGCAUUUAAAGAAAUAAAAGAUAAGCAUUUUGAAAAUGUUUUUUCUAAUAUGCAUAAACUUGAAGAUCUAUCGGUUAUGUGGCAAUGUGAAAAGUCAACGCUGCCAAUGACUUUGGUCAAGUCAUUAGAACAAAUUGGUGGAACCUUGAAACGGUUACAUUUUUCACGUUACAUGAAUGAAGCUACCUUCUUACCAGAUUCAUUGGCUCUGGUACUUCCUCGACUAAUCGCUUUAGAAGAUUUAAAUAUAUAUAAUUUUCAUCUAAGUGCACCAUUGGUCCAGUCGAUAGGUGAAACUAACAAUUUAAAGUUUCUAGUCUUUAUACCACCGACUAAAUGUCCAAUUAUUAAUGAAAAAAUUGAUAUGUAUCCUAUUGGAAAUUUAAAAAAUCUUGAAACGUUAUACAUUCCAUGGGAUCGAGAUGGUACAGAUGAAUUUCUAAUAAAUCUUUGUAAUAAUUCAAAGAAACUGCGAUCCAUAGGUAUAAUCGGAACAAAUAUAACCGAUGAUGGUAUGAUCGCUCUCAAUAAUUUGAGUCAAUUAACAGGUUUCGAUUUUGGUUUAGCUAAAUUGAAAAAGACUAAUAAUUUUAUCACUGAUAAAUCAAUUGAAUGCUUAUUUAAUGAAAAAUUGGAGACUUUAAAUUUAUUAAAUUUCACAAAAAUUUCUAACAGAUCAGUGAUCAAAGCUUUUGAAAAUUUACCAAAUUUAUCAUGUUUAUGCGUUGAAAAUACAAAUGUUACUAUUGAAGUUGUCGAGGAAUUAUCUAAAUUAACAAAAUUCCAUAAAGAAAAACUACGUGUAUAUGUUUCUUUUGAAGAUUGUAAUGGUAUUUUUAAAUCAUUAAUGGAAUCACAUAAUGUAGAAUUUGUGUCUACAUCUAAGGGCUAAUCAAUUAUUUAUAUCUCUGGAUCAUAACUUAAAACUACUUGACUUUUGUUUGUUAAAAAAAACGUGUGGUGCUUUCUUGUCAUAUAAUAAGAAAAAAUCGAAAUUCAAUUGAAUUAACUACUAGCUUAUAAUAUGACUAUUGUAUUGAUCCCUAUAUAACAGAUUAUAUAGCCAAUAAAUAUUGUAAUAAUAAUUUAAUAAAAAAUAAAUAAUAUGUUCUAAAUUCUAA